AUGAAAGUGAUUGGAGUGAAAGUUGACGACCGGCAUUUACAUCAUCUUCAUUUCGCAGAUAAUAUCGUUCUGAUAACAUCAAGCAUCAAUCAGGCGGAACGGAUGCUGGCUGAAUUUGAUGAAGUGGGUAGGAAGAACGGCUUUGAGCUGAAUCUGGACAAAACGAUGUUCACAAGAAACAGAUGGGUUUCCGAUGCCUCAUUCAUGCUCAACGGAACGAAUGUAUCCGAAUGCCCCAGCUAUGUAUAUCUAGGUCGGAGAACUAACAUGAUGAACGACCCGAGCUUUGGGCUGGGCAGGAGGAAACGAGCGGCUUUGGGGCAUGCAAGAGCGUCGAGGAUGUAG